AUGGACACCAUGGACAUGGUAUGGAUAUCGGUUUGUUAUCCAAUUGAAUAUGAGCAGACAGUUGAAGGUGGAUGGAAAUGGAAGUAUUCUGGAAAUGGCAAAGGGAAAACAAUACCUAUUCUUGUUGCAAAAACAAUUUCUUACAUGGAACUAUAUGAUAAAGUUAAGGAGGCAUUGAAUAUCGAUACGAGUCUAUACAAAAUGGAGAUUUUAGCUCUUGUUUCGAUAAUGUCUAAAGCUCCAGCUGCAUCAAUCAUAAUUGAUUGUGACAACAACGUAAAGUGGUUUAUAUCUGUCUGUACAGAAACUUUUCUUUGUGUUAGUAUUUUAAAUGAAGUUGUUGAGAAUCAGGAAGAUUUUGGUGAUGAAGGAUGUUUAUUAGUAAUAGAUGGUGGAGAACAAAUUGGAAAUAUGAACAACGAGGAGGAACAAGAUCGAGCAGACAACGAUGGUAAUGAUGACAAUGGUGAUGGAAUAUUUGUAGAUUGUAAUGGUUUUGACAUAAGUGAAGAUAGUCCUCGAAGGGUAGAUGACGAAGUUAAUUCUCCCAUGGCAGAUGACAAUAAUUUUGAGUUACGCACGCAUGAACCUUGCGGUAGGGAUAUAGUGAAUGGUAAUGAUGUUGAAUGUACUCAGAUUGUAUCUGAAAGUGUAAGUUCGCUCUGUUACGAGACAUCAGUAAAAAUUUCGGAACGAUUAGAUGUGCGAGUCAACCAGUUGUUUCCAUCGAAAUAUGACCUAAUAUCAAAAUUACAGUUGCUAGCUGUGAAGUGCCAGUUUGAGUACAAAGUUAAGGAGUCAAAUAAGAACACUUAUACUAUUGUUUGUAUUGAUGAAAAUUGCAAGUGGCGCUUACGGGCAACCAAGAUCGUAGAAAGUCUCAUUUUCGAAGUUCGAAAGUACAAUGGUCAUCAUUCUUGUUCCAUGAGUGUUCGUCACAGAGAUCAUAGGCAUGCUUCAUAUAUGAUUAUUGAAAACCACAUCGCUCCUAAGUAUGAAGAUGUCAACCGAGUUUACAGACCAAGGGACAUUAUUAAUAACAUUCAUCGAGAGUUCGGCAUAACUGUAAGCUAUACUAAAGCGUACAUGGCUAAAAAUUUUGCUUGUGGACUGAUUCAUGGGAAACCCCGUGAGAGUUAUGCAAAAUUGCCAGCGUAUUGUCAUGUUUUGGAGAUGCAAAAUCCUGGUACACUGACAUUCAUUCAUACUAAUGAUGAUCGGCGAUUCAAGUACCUUUUUAUGGCAUUGGGACCAAGUAUACAUGGGUUCGUAAACUCAAUGCGAAAGGUAAUUUCUGUAGACGGUGCAUUCUUGACAUCGAGAAUGAAAGGUACUCUACUCGUAGCAACUUCUCAGGAUGCAAAUUUUCAAAUAUUUCCACUCGCAAGGGGAGUAGUUGAUUCGGAAAAUGAUGAAUCCUGGACUUGGUUCUUUCAGAAGUUGCGGUUAAUAACAGGUGAUACGGAUGACCUUGUGAUUAUAUCUGACCGUGCAAAGUGCAUCAAAAAUGGAGUUAGAAAUGUGUUUCGAUUUGCUCAUCAUGGUAAUUGUACAUAUCACUUGCAAAAGAACUUGAAGACAAAUUUUCCACGGUGUGAUGUUGCAACUUUGUUUAGGGCAGCGUCAGAGGCUUAUACUGUAACCGAAUUUGAGUUCUACAUGGCAGCUCUAUGCAGUAAAAAGGAGGGCAUCAAAGAGUACCUAUUAGAAGAAGAUUUUCAAUGUUGGGCUAGAGCGCAUUUUACCGGGAUACGUUACAAUAUCAUGACUACAAAUAAUGCGGAAUCUAUAAAUGGUUUGUUGAAGAGUGCUCGAGAACUUCCCAUAGUUGGUUUACUAGAAUAUAUUCGUGGGAUACUACAAAGGUGGUUUUCUGAAAGACAUGUUGAAGCAGAAAAAUGUAUGACCCAACUCACGCCAGCAUUAGAGAAAAAGAUGUGCAUGACAUAUAAUGAGUCAAAUGGGUUGGAGGUAAAUCAGGUUUCUCCGGAUAUUUAUCAAGUUGGUGACAAUUUAGAACACCACCUUGUGGAUUUUUACGAAAUGACAUGUACGUGUAGAAGAUUUGAUUUGGACAAGUUUCCAUGUGCGCGUGCAAUUGCUGCAGCAAGGUUUAAAGGAGACGAGGGCUAUAAAUUAUGUACCCCCUUUUACACUAGUAUUUGUUGGAAGCAAGCUUAUUCUAAAUUCGUAUAUCCUUUGCCGAACGAGGUCGAAUGGCAAAUUCCUAAGAAUGUCAUAGCCAGAGAAGUAUUUCCACCAUUGGUACGAAGACAGGGCGGACGACCAUCAAAAAAGAGGAAAAGGUCAGCCGGAGAGACGCGUGUGGCUCGUAAGUGCAGCAGGUGCAAGAAAACUGGUCAUGUUCGAUCCACUUGCACGGGCCAAGCAGCUAGUAGUGAACAUUAA